GAAUCUGUCAGGCCAGAAGAAAUCGCUUCACUUCGCUCAAGCAAACGCUGCCACCCAGUGGAGCAGAAGGGGAACUACCAAGACAGGCUGGUUAAAUUACCCAGAAUAACUUGCACCGCUACGUCACCCACAACCCAGGUUCAACCAAUAAACAACAAGAGAAGAACUUAAUUUUGACCAACCAGAGACGGGGGCUGGUUUAAAGGUAUUUAAAAGAGGGCUUUUUUGAAAUUAAACAAGGGAAGUGUCCUUGCUGUCGCAGCAGGAGAGCAGUUAACCUCCAGAAAAAUAGUGGUAUUUGUUGGUUAUAAGACGUGGUUUAAUGUUUUAGUUACAAAUUAACAGUUAACAUCAAGAGGUUGUAAUUCGGGCGAAGUUCUAAACGAUUCUGUUGACGAGUUCUGGGAGACUUCAAGCGUGCAAUGGAUGCGGCAAUGAUGAAGUCAACCAAAGAUCCAAGAGCGCCCGGAGUUGACGCCAAAGAAAUUCGCCGCAGUGGGCCUCAAAGAGUGCCAGUUCAUCAGGCCUACAUCAAGCCCAUGGUCCCACAAACGCAGCGCGUACCAGAUGUGCCAACUGGGCCACAGAGAGUGCCACGACCCGUGACCCACCAAAAACCUGUGACACACGCACCUCGCGUGAAGCCUGCACAUCCUAAUGAGAAUGUCGAUCCAGCGCACGCGGCAACCCAGCCCCCACAACAAGUCAAAACCACAGCCCAGCCCCCAUCGCAACCCAAAACGACAAGCCAUCAGGGAUCGGUUGUCACGGCUACCAUUAGGCCUGUCGAGAGGGUGAAGUCAGAAAAGCCAAGCCAGAAAACGAGUGGAUCUUCUAGUUCAAAGAGUCGGUGGUCUCUGGACAAUUUUGAAAUUGGCCGAGCCCUUGGAAAAGGCAAAUUUGGAAAUGUGUAUUUGGCAAGGGAGCGUCAAACAAUGUUCAUCCUUGCCCUCAAAGUCCUUUUCAAAAAGCAACUGGAGAAGGCCGGGGUGGAGCAUCAGCUGAGGAGAGAAGUGGAAAUCCAGUCCCAUCUCAGGCACCCAAAUAUCCUGCGGCUGUAUGGGUACUUCCACGAUGCCACUCGUGUGUACCUCAUUCUGGAGUUUGCACCUAAAGGAGAGCUCUACAGUGAACUGCAGCGCUGUGGGACCUUCAAUGACCAGAGAUCUGCUACGUAUGUUAUGGAGCUUGCUGACGCCCUGCACUACUGCCACUCCAAGAAUGUAAUACAUCGAGAUAUCAAGCCCGAGAACCUCCUCCUUGGACCCAAUGGCGAACUGAAAAUAGCAGAUUUUGGAUGGUCUGUCCACACACCUUCAUCCAGGAGGUCUACCCUGUGUGGAACGCUGGACUACCUGCCACCGGAGAUGAUCGAGGGCCGGACUCAUGACGAGAAGGUGGACCUGUGGAGUUUGGGCGUCCUCUGUUAUGAACUUCUGGUCGGAAAGCCCCCGUUUGAAACCAAGACUCACGAGGACACCUACCGCAAGAUAGCCAGGGUGGAGUUCAGCUUCCCCGAGCACGUUGGCACAGGAGCACGGGACCUGGUCUGCCGCCUUCUGAAGCACAACCCCCUGCUUAGGCUGCCCACCAAGGGGGUGAUGGUCCACCCCUGGGUGGUGGAGAACUCCACAAAGAAGCCCACCAUCCCCAUCCCGGGCCCUGACUCGGCCCCAGGCCAGUGACCUUUCUUACCAGGCCCAUAAUUUGGGAUGGACUUUGUUCCAUGUGCAGGAACUUAUCAGUGGUGCGCCGUUCGGAUGGACUUUAUAUAUAUGUGUGUAUGACUGGUCUGGUGAGACUGUCAAAUGUGAAUGCGUCCUUUGCUCACUUUCCUUGUUUUCUAUCCCUUGUUCUAUAAUUGUGCGAACGAAGUGUUUGCUAUCUCACUGUAUAUAUUUUAUUGUGUAAUUAUGAAAAUUUUAUUUUACCUGCUAUUGUACUUGAACUAAUAAAGGCCUUUCUAAGGAGACGCUGGUACAUGAGGGAUUGCUUGUGUUGUACUGUAGGAAGACGCCGGCAGUAUUGUUUUAUCCAUGUUGUGUCUUGUGCUUGAGAGAUUCCAAGUGUACUCCUAGCGGGUUUAUUGCAAUCACUGCUGUUCUGGCCAUUUUAGACUGAAUAAAUGACACUUUGAAGCGUC